AUGACACCCGACAACCCCAAGUCUCCUACCGUCGUCUUCGAUGUUGUCAUAGUCGGAGCAGGAAUCUCUGGCAUCAACACAGCAUACUAUAUCCAGAGCGGGGCGCCCCAGCCCACGUCCUAUACUAUACUCGAGGCAAGAGACAACAUCGGAGGCACCUGGGAUCUAUUCAAGUAUCCUGGCAUCAGAUCCGACUCGGACAUUUUCACUUUCGGCUUCCCAUGGAGUCCCUGGGAUAGAGAUGGAGUUCUGGCGCCCGGAUCUGAAAUCACCAAUUACAUGACCGAAUCUGCUGCGAAAUUCGGCAUCGAUAAAAACAUCCGCUUCAAUCACAAAGUUGUCUCCGCGGACUGGUCCUCCGAGCAGAGUCUCUGGGUGUUGGAUGUCCAAACCAGGGAAGGCCACGCGACCAUACACGCUCGGUUCCUGGUCCUAGGUACGGGAUACUACGACUACGAUGAGCCUCUCCAAGCUCACAUACCGGGAAUCAAAAACUUCCAGGGCCCUGUGAUCCACCCACAGUUCUGGCCGGAGAACCUUGACUACACCGACCAAAACAUCGUCGUCAUCGGCAGCGGCGCCACCGCCAUCACUAUUGUUCCCGCCAUGGCCGAGAAGGCCAAGCACAUCACUAUGCUUCAACGCAGCCCGACCUACGUCGGCACGGUUCCCCAACACGACAGCUUGGCCAAGCUGGAGAGUUUUGUUCUGCCAUCAAGGCUUGCUUGGGGUGUCACACGAUUUCGCCACAUGAUCGUUGACUAUCUGUUCUAUUACUUCUGCAUUUUCUUCCCCAAAUUUGCCCGAUCACUCAUCCGCGGCGAGACGGCGAAGCUUCUUCCAUCGUCUGUUCCCGUCGAUCCGCACUUCAAGCCGCGCUACCAGCCUUGGAGGCAACGCUUCUGCGCUUGCCCCGACGGCGACUUCUUCGCUGCCUUGAGGUCCGGAAAAGCAAGCGUGGUAACUGAUACUAUCAAGGAGGUGACGGAGGAUGCGAUUCAACUGGACUCGGGAGAGACCUUACGGCCAGACAUGAUCAUUACCGCCACCGGGCUCAAGCUGCGACUGGCUGGCGGCAUCCGGGUGUCUGUGGACGGUCAGGCUGUGGAUUUUGCGAAAAAGUUCCUCUGGAAGGGCUUUAUGCUUCAGGACCUCCCGAACCUAGCGCUUGUUCUUGGUUAUGUAAACGCUUCCUGGACCCUGGGGGCCGAGAUAACUGGAAAGGCCGUCGUGCGUAUUCUCCACCAAAUAAAGCGAGAGUGCGCUUUGAGCGCCACACCCCGUCUGGAACACCCAGAGCGAAUGCAGCCGCGGCCUUUGUUCCAAAUCUCGGCUACAUAUGUGCAAGACGCAGACUCCAAAUUUCCCCUGGGAGGCACGGGCCCGUGGGCGCACAGGUGGAAUUAUCUGCCUGAUUACUGGAAGUCGGUCUGGGGAGACAUCAAGACUGGAUUGGAGUAUUCUUGA